UCAAAGCUCGCGUAUAUUCAGUCUGCUCAGUGCUCGAAGAGCGACGACAAGUUCCAAAGUAGUUUCCUUUGUUUUGUGUGCUAGUUUUUACUAGUUGGGUUCGAGUAGAAGGACAAGAAGUAACUAAAGAGGAUCAAAACACGAAUAAAGCCAACCCAACAGAAGUCGCAAGGAAAUACAAAAAAAAAAAAAACCUUUACUCGCAUUAUUGUCGGGGGCAGUCUAUGCACAGGAAGCGCAUGUCCUCCUGUAUCAACUCGUGUGUCCCGUCGUUCGUGUCUUCGGCCCGGGUUAUCAGUAUGCCGUGCAACAGAAGCUCCUGAGUGGCCGUGCGUGAAGUGUAGGGUCGCACUGCCCUGUUUAUCAGGACCAAAGAGAGCUUUGCCCCCCCCCCCCCCGAUAAUUGCUAGUGCGGCAAGAGGAGGAGUGAGGGAGGCUGUUCGCCGCACGGAGGAGGCUGCAGCAGCGGCGAGUCCAACGAUUUUCUCUGGGUAGCUUGCGGAGCUCCUACACGUAGCGAGUUCUUGCUGAGUACGAAGACGACGUCGACGCCGCCGCCGACGACGACGACGAGGAGGAGGAGGAGGAGGAAUACGAAAAAAUGGCCGAAACGAGUCAGCAGCAGCAUCAGGAGGUCGAGGAGCCCAAGACGAACGGCAUCGACCUCACCGAGGAUGAGAAGAGCAAAAUGAGGCCCGCGGAUAUUGACGCUGACAUGAAAGAAAUGGAGAGGAGAAAGCGAGUCGAGAUGAUGAUAAACUCGCGCCUGUUCAGGGAGGAGCUCGAACGUAUCAUAGAAACUCAAAUGAAGGACGGCGCCGGUCCCAGCGGACUACUGCAGCAAAUCUCUGAAAUGAUGGGCUACCAGGGAGCUCGUUUCAACAGCAAUGUGUUCAAAAAUUCGAACUGCGUCGUCCCGAUAAACGACAUACGCGGAGUCGAGAGCAUGGGUUACGCCAAGGGCGAGAAGCUGCUGCGCUGCAAACUCGCCGCGGUCUUCCGGUUGCUCGAUCUCUAUGGAUGGACGCAAGGCGUUGGGGGCAUGAUAACCGCUCGCCUCAACCAGGAUCAAGAGCACUUCCUCGUCAAUCCGUAUGGUUUGCUUUACCACGAGGUGACGGCCUCGAGCCUCGUCAAGGUUGACAUGCAGGGCAACGUCGUCGAGCAGGGCACGACGAACUUCGGUGUACACAUGGCCGACUACCAGUUGCACUCGACCAUUCACGCCGCGCGUCCAGACAUCAAGUGCAUCAUCCACAUCGCGACGCCCUCCGUCACAGCAAUAUCGUCGCUCAAGUGCUCUCUUCUGCCAAUCAGCCAAGAGAGCAUAGUCAUUGGCGAGGUGAGCACCCACACGUACACUGGCAGUCUAGAGCCAGAGGAGCGUGAAAAGCUCGCGCGCAGCAUCGGCAUCCUCAACAAGGUCCUUCUGUUGACGAAUCAAGGCGCGCUCUGCUGUGGCGCAUCGAUCGAGGAAGCCUUCUACAACGUUUACAACACGGUGCUGGCCAGCGAAACGCAGCUUAAACUGAUGCCCGUUGGCAUCGACAAUCUCGUCCUGAUCUCGGACGAGGCACGCAAGGCCAUAUACGAAGCGUCGCGGAAGGCACCGGUGCCUCAGAAGAGCAGUGUAGCUGCGGAGUCCUCGGGUCUCGCUGAAAAGGUCGAAAAGCGCUACCACGUUGGUGGCACGAAAUUCGAGGCCCUCAUGCGCAUGCUCGACAAUGCGGGCUUCCGUACGGGAUACAUUUACAGACAGCCUUUAGUCAAAACCGAACCUCCCAGGCCACGUAACGACGUCGAAGUACCUCCUGCCGUUUCUUCCCUCGGCUAUUUGCUUGAGGAAGAGGAAUUAUACAAAACUGGAAAUUGGAAAUUUGGUCGCAAAGGAAACGACAGAACACGUUGGCUGAACUCACCAAAUGUUUAUCAGAAAGUAGAAAUCCUAGAGACUGGCACACCAGACCCAAAGAAGAUUACUAAGUGGGUGUCAGAUGGCUCGCCGACCCACAGCAGUACUCCGGUCAAGAUCGACGGUGCCCUUAUGUUCGUACCGAAAAACACAAAUCCAAAGGAAUUCAAACAACUUCAACAACAGAUCAAAGACUAUCGAAGAGCUGACAAAAUUUCAGCUGGUCCACAGUCACAUAUUUUGGAAGGUGUUACGUGGGAAGAGGCAAAGAAGAUGCAGGAUGCAACAAUAAGUGGAACUGGGGAACAAGUCGUCCUUGUUGGGGCCGCUAGCAAAGGUAUUAUCCAGAGAGGUUUCCAACACAACGCCAUGGUAUACAAAACUCCAUACGCAAAAAAUCCUUUUGAUCAAAUCACGGAUCAAGAGCUCGACCAGUACAAAAAAGAAGUUGAGCGAAAGACUAAAGGAGAUGGAUACGAUGAGUCACAGUCAGAAUCAGAGGGUCUUUCGUCCUUCAACAUCAGCCGCGCAACUCAUGAUACGAGCACUGCCAAGAGCCCCGUUCAGUCGCCAGUUUCUGUCACCUCAGAAACGGAAGAAGAAAGUAGAGAUGAGCCUAAAGUAUUACGGAUAGAAACCAAACAAGUGCCUGCGCCGAGUCAACCGGAAGUUGUGCUUAGCGAUGGAAUGUCCGGUGUAUGGAGCUUUAGCAGUAGCCGCAGCCAUUCCAGCGAAGAUUCCGUUUCCUCAUCGUGGAUGCACGACGGCAGCACAAACGGUCUGUGUAAGCUCGAAAGAACUCGAUCUCAAGAACUGGCUCGCCCGAUGUUCCCUGUAUUAGUUGAUGUUGCUGGCAGCUCAACUGAGUUUAAAAAUCGAAUUAGGAAAGCCAAGUUUUUCCAAAACUACGAGAAUAUGAUGAAGAAAAACAUCAAUAGCAAUGGCUUGAUUGUCAAGAGUGAGAGCGAUUUGAGUGCCAAUAAUGUAGAAGCUUCAAGUUUAGACGAAGAAGUAGAGAUAUCAGACGAGUGCCAGACCGCUGAAGAACAGUUUGAACAAAACUUGGAUAUUACACUAACCGAUGUCAAGUUUACAAAGAGUGCUGACGUAGAUUUUGCUGAGAAAGUGGACUUAUCCUUGAGUAGUACCAUUACAGAGAACAAAGAUGACACAUUACUUUCUCCAAGAUUAGUUAAGCAGAGUAUGGAGAUGUGUAAAAGCAAGGACAGUAUUAUCAGUAACUUCAGAAAAUCCUUGGACAGCGUUUUUAAUUCUCUUUCUUUGGAAAAAAACAUUGGAGACGAUAAUAUCAAAUAUAUAAAUGAUGAAAAUGUCGUAGAGUCCGUUACAAAAGAAAAAAAUGAUGAAUGUACUUAUAAACUAAAAACAGACUUGAUCAAUACUGAUAAUCUAGUGGAUAACUCGAAAGAAAAUGAAAAAUCUGGUGAUGAAUUUGAUGAUUUCGAAAUCGUUAAUAACGGGGAUCAAAGAACUUUAAGUGAAACGAGUGAUACAAUAAACCAUCUUGUUCCAGGAGAGUUUGUUGUUGAAAAAGAUACUAAUGAGGGAGAGCAAUAUGUAAGUGAAAAAGAUCUGCUAGUCAAGAAUGAACCAUGUACUGACAAUCAAAGCAUAAUUAAAAGUAAUUCAGUAAACAAUAUAAAUGUCACAGUGGGCUCAGAAGCAAUACCAAGUCCAAGUGAUGAUAAUAAUAAGCCAUUGAACAACAGUCCCUUGAAAGAGAAUGAAAAAUCCAUUGAUGAAUUUGAUGAUUUCGAAAUCGUUAAUAACGAGGAUCUAAGCACUUUAAGUGAAACGAGUGAUACAAUAAACCAUCUUGUUCCAGGAGAGUUUGUUGUUGAAAAAUAUUCAAGUACCAGUGAAGGAGAGCUAUAUUUGAGCAAUAAAGAGAUGUUUUUCAAUAAAGAAUCAUGUACUGACAAUCAAAGUACACAUAAACAUGCCGAAGAAAACUAUCCUGAAGUCACAAGAGAAGACGCUUCUAUUUACAGCAAAUGCUAUGGUGCUUCAGUGCUUGAAAGUAUCGCAGAUUUAUUUGAAAGUCCAGUACAAAUGAUAACAAAUGUAGAAAAGGAAAAUAAUAAACAUUUUGGCAAUUGUGAAAUAGAGUCGAUUAUCGAUGAGGAGCAAAUAAACAAUGACUUGGACGAAACUGUUGAUAAGGAACAACAAUAUUUAAUUGAAAGGGAUACAAAUAUCAUAAAUCUUAUGGAAGAAGGGCCUUGUAUCGAUGAAUAUAUUGGUACCAAUGAAGUAGAGCAAUAUUCAAGCAAAGAAUAUCUGUCUUUCAAUAAUGAACUGUUUGUUGGCGAUCAAAAUGUCGAAGAAAAUAACGUAGAAAGCGAUUUAGAAGAUACAAUAGAAUUAGAAAGAACUUCAAGUUCUAAUAGUAGCCAAUUUGAUGACUCAAUGCCUGAAAGUAUCACAGUUUUACCUGUAAGUCAAAUGCAGACAAUGACAAAUGCAAAAGAAAAAAAUUAUGAACCAUUUAGAAAUUGUGAAACAUACUUGACUGAAAAUGAUGAGUCACUACCCAACAAUCACUUGGAAGAAAAUGAAAAAACUUUUAUUAAAUUUGAUUAUACUAAAACUGUUGGUGUCGAGAAACAAGACAUCUCUGAAACAAAUGGAAAAACAAUUAAUCUUGUUGAAGAAAGACCAUAUGUGAACGAAUAUAUUGAUACCAAUGAAGUGGAGCAACAUUUAAGUAAAGAAGAUGUCGAUAAUGAGUCAUGUUUUGACGAUAAAAAUAUGGAAGAAACUACUGUUGAAAACUAUUUAGAAAACACAAAAGAAUUAGAAACAAUACCAAGUUUUCAGAAAAGUGAUUAUGAUAGUGGCCCAAUGCUCAAAUAUUUCAUAGUUUUACCUGUUAAUCAAGAACAGGUAGUGACAGACACACAAGAGGAAAACAGUAAACCCACCUACAGUUGUGAAAUGGACUUGAUUGUUAAUGAUGAGCCACUGAACAACGAUUACUUAGAAGAAAAUGAAAAAUCUUACGAUAAUCUUGAAAUUGUUGAUUGCAAGAAACGAGAAAUUUCAAGUGAAACGGAUGAAAAAAUAAUUGAUCCCUUUAAAGAAGAGCCCAGUAUGUAUAUGUUUACCGAUACCAAAGAAGGAGAGCAAUAUUUAAGCAAUGAAGAGCCAUUUGUUGAGAAUGAACUAUAUACUGCCAAUCAAAGUACAGAAGAAAACUAUCCAGAAGUCACGAGAGAUUCAGAAGCAAUAUCAGCUUCUAAUAACAGCAAAUGCGAGGUUUCAAUGCUAGACGAUUUAACAGCUUCAUCUGUAAACCAAGUUCAGGAAAUGACUUUGAUAUCAAAUGGGUAUUAUGAUCAAACCAGAAAUUCAGAGAUAGAGAGUAGCUCGAUUAGUUCAAACCAUUCAAAGCAAACCGAAGUAAAAGAUCCAUUCGUGGAAAACUUGAUGGAAAAACUGUGGAAAGUCGAAAGCGAUGUGGAGUCGCGUUUCACUUCGGAUCAAUCGCAAGAUGAGACCGUCCACGAAAGCGAGACCACGGACGGUCUGUCAGAUGGCUCCGUCAAGAUUCGCAAGAAAAACUUGAGCAAGAGAGCUUCCGAGUCACCUAGUGUCAACAAGAACUACGACAGAGACUCUUCCGACGAAGAAUGUAAUGAAAAAAAGUCCCAGGUUCUUAAAUCCUUGAAACAUCUAGAGAUUCUCGAGCUUACGUACUCCGAACUCGAGCGCAGCAGUGAUAACCCGUCGUCCAGAAACAGUACCGUGAGUUAUGACGAUCUCGUGGUAAAGCGAAAUCCAGAUGAGCGUCGCGACAGCCUCGUCGAACUUAUCAAUAUGUGCGUUGACAGUAAUCGAUACGACACUCCGAAAAGGCCUUCCACUAGAAUUACUCUCGAAAGGCUGCAGAACGCCCAAAUCUCGGCAAAGUACAACAAAGACAUGAAGCACGUGACCGACCUGUAUCGUUUGAAUCCUGGAUACGAAACCAGUCUUGAUUCCGAUCUCGACACGACUUUGAACACAGUAAUCGAUAAUCGUCAAGUCAACUCUGAACUUUUAUGUGAAAAUCAAUUUGUGGUGUCUGGUGAUGUGGAUAACAAAAAUAGCUUUGGUCCAACGAGUGACGAGGAAAAAGACACGGAAAAUCGAGAUUAUUGCUUGCAAGACGAAACGGAAAGUGAUGUCGAUAACGAAGACACAGACGAAAACAGCGAAGACAUCAUUUGGCUUGAAAUUUCCAAGGGAGAUGAAAACGACGCUAAUGUCGAGCGGUCUGAAGCUUCUUUCCAAUCAAACGUGUCGAAUCAAGGCUCCGAUAUUCUCGAGUUGUCGUCACAAACAUUUCAAGAGCUCAAAACAUCCAAUCACGACGAGUUCAUUAAGAACAUCAGUUCAUCGGUGGAUGAGAUCAUCGAAGAACUCAAUAAUUCUCCGGACGACAAGAGAGGAUCCAAUCUUGCGCUGUAUGUACCGAGCGACGUCACCAAGUGUUCGGCACUAGAGUUGACGAUUUAUGCCGAGCAAAUAGCCGUAUUGCAGUUUGUUAAGCACAUUAUCAAAGAUUUAGUCGAUCGUUUGCCCUGUUACGGUGACGACUUCUUGACAAGCUCACAGGUUGGUAGUUGCGAGGUGGCGAGGGCAUACGAAUCUACAGACUCGAGCGUUUAUGUGAUUAGCGAAGUAAUUCACCAUUUUGUUGAUAAGGAGGCUGGUUUAGAUGCUCACGAUUUAAAGAGUAAGAUUAUUGUUACCGACAAGGAAGUGAAAGAAAGCGUGAAUAAAGAGUUGAAAAAUUUGAAGGACGAUUACGAUGCCGAGGAUGAGCAAAGCAUGAAGUGUUCGACGCCAAAACACUCGCCGUCUGUGUAUCCAAGUGGAAGCAACAACUUUUCCGAAUCUUCAGAAGAAGAAGAAGCAGAAGUUGCAUCAGAAAUACUCGGUGAGAACGAAAUUUGCGGAACUGUUGUGGGAGUUGCAACAGAUUUGUCGAAAAAUCAGCAGGUGCCGAUUACAGCCGCUGUGUCCUCGGUUUCGUCCUCAUCGGCGGAAUCUCAUCAUCCCGUGGAGCCCGAAACAACCGAUAAUGACACUAAAUCGGAUAACAGCAAGGAGAAGCAGACCGACAGUUCUGAAAACUUGAAAAACCAAUCAAAAUCCUCAAGCGAUCAUUCCAGUUCGAAAAUAUCCUCGGACUCUUUGAAUGCUCAGGCUGACGAAGCACAAGAGGAGUGCACCGAGUUGGAAAAUGGUGUCAACAACAAAGUAACGUUUAGUGUAAUCAGUUGUGGAAAUAAAAAUGAUUCUAUCAUCUUACAAGAAGGUAGAGCGUAUUCAGAAAGCAAUAGCCAAGAUGAAGGCGAAGACACAAGUAAAAAGCUAACCUUUUGCAUGAUUCAUUACAAAGGAGAAUAUACCACGAACUCUGAGGACGAAUCUAAGGCUUCUGUCGAAAAUGUAAGUGAAAACGAUCUAGACUUUGAUACGAGCUUCAAAGAACAUUGGAUGCAAAAUCAAGAAGAGUUGGACCAGUUGUGGGAACGUACCGAUGCACUGUCGGAAGAGAUAUACAAAAAAGAACGUAUGGCUGUUGACGGUGGUAAUGCCAAGUCGUUCAGCAGCGACGAGUGUGACGAAGAAAUUCAACAGAUAAGCCGAGAAAUCUUGAAAAACAUAUCACCCGAAUUCUUUUCCAACGAAGAGUUAAACUCUUUAAUAUUCCACGACGAUAACGACUGCGAGGAUGCGACGACUGAGACUCACGAGCAAUUCGAAAAAGUCGAUGACCUCAAAAUCUGCACGUGCUAUCACAGCUGCACCUGUUGUCCCAACGCAUCCAACAGCUCGAUGGUGUUGCAAAACAUGCGUAGCAAUUCUCUGUCACCUAUAAACGAGGACUCGGAGCCCGAGGACAGCUUCGUUGAUGGUUUUGUAUAUCGCGAGGUCGACUCUUUCGAGACAUUGCCGCCAAUAUAUGCCGAGCAAGAAGACAGCUACACCACUGACACGGCCGAGUGCGACUCUCGAGUCACGGAUUUCUACUCGUGUCAGAACUCCGAGUCCAUGAAUUCUGCCCUCGAGGAGCAGGAAAUUUUGGAAUCAACGCACUCUCUCUCGGCCGAAGAAGCUAGCGACUACGACAAUGUAGUGUACAUGGCCGAUGUGUCAGCGAAUAACAACGCCUCGGACGUGUCGAACGGAAACUCCAGGGACGAUUCAAGUGUCUCGGAGCGCAUGAAUGACAGCGAUCGGAAGUUUAAUGUAACCGAUAACCUCGCCGAUGAGUCCUGUAUCAGUCCAACUCACGGAAACCACAAGUCUUACAUUAUCGAGUGUCUGACCGUUUCCAGCCACGUGGAGUUUUUAAAGCUGGAAAAACAGUGUUCUGACGAUAGUUACGCUGCUGGUGGCACAUCAGAGCUCGACUCGUCGCUCAACAAUUUAUUCAAGAUUGAAGAUAAUAGAAUUAUUUGCGAAGCUUUCGAUGCCCUUCUAAAUUAGGAUUACAACUUACCAAGAGUCCAAAGAUUUAAUCCACAGCUGGAUUGUGGAAAUUAAUUUUUUUUAGCAUUACAAAGAAAAAUAAUAGCUUUUAUUAAAAAUAUAUACCCCCUAUGUGAUUAUUAUAUUCAAAGUCUGAUUGUUGUGGUUAUUAAACUGUACCUAUUUUAGCGGGUUCAUUUGUGAUUGAACGUAUUUUAUUGAAUAGCUUUAAAAUAAAGUUGCAAUUGUUGCCUUGUAGAAUUAAGGGUCGAAAUAGUGCCUUACAAGAGUGAUUAAGUUAGAUAACCUCAAGCUGCCAAAGAUUAGAAUGUAAUAAAACGUGAUAAACUAAAAUUAUAAAAUUAGUGCAGCUAAUACAACAAAGAACAAUUUAAUUACGCGGUGAUUAAAAAAAAAAAAACACAAAAAAAUAAAUUGUGAAAAAUAGUUAAGUUAACGUUAAUUACCAUAAUAUUUACUUGCAAAAUGUAAUUUAUCCUUACAUAUACCAUUGAUUUAAUGUUCCUUUUUAAAACCUACUACAUUGAUUAUUUUUCAAAUAAAACUUUCAUUUCAUUGCAA